UUCGCUAUUAUGACAGUGAGUUCAAAAAUAGUAAAUUCGAAUCCAUCGAAUGAUCGUUAAUCAAACUCAACAGCAACAGUACAGUGGCUGCAUGAGACUGUUAUCUAAUUGAUUGAGUAAACAAACAAGAAUGGUGCAGCAUUUGAAAUAGGUAGUCAUAUAGAAAGCGUAAUUAUGGAUAUUUAUGAAGAAUAUUCCUGGAAAUUCAACAAUUUGCCAGAUGAGCUUAUAAUUUCGAUUUUCAAAUAUCUUUCCAUAGAUGAUCUGUUAACAUGCAAAUGUGUUUGCGUAAAGUGGAGGAGACUUUCUCUGGAUCCCAUGUUAUGGAGGAGACUUGUGAUUGUAUAUUCCGGAAAGCCAGGUCAAAGUGAAGUAAACGAAAAAAGUUUAAGAAUAAUAAAAUUACACCCCAAUUUAGUUUACUGUUUGAAAAUACAAUAUGAAUAUAAUUAUUCCAUAAUUCAGUCCAUGAUGGCCAAAUGUAAAAAUAUAAUUUCUUUUGAAGUUGUGGUGUGUCGAAUCAAAGAAAAAUUUAAAGAUGAUAUUAAAAAGUGGCCUCACCUAAAAAAGCUUAAUUUGAAGAACACAAUGCCUUUCGAAGCCAUUACAUGGACUAUUUCUUUUGAUCACUUCAAAGAGUUAAAAUACAUAGCUUUAGCAGAGUUUGGACUUAAUUCUUCAAACUGCGAGACAUUAUUAGAUUGUACUUGCUUGACUCACAUAAAUAUUGAAAAGAUCAAAGAUUUGGAAUUGGAUUUCAUAAAAAAAUUGAUUGAUAUGAAACAGUCCAAACUAGAAACAUUGCAUAUUUAUGGUGGGUCAUCGGUUGAUGAUAGCUGUCUGCAGGAUUUGACAAAGUGUCCAAAACUGAAAGAUUUAGCCAUAUUAAGGUGUGAAAAUCUAACAAAUAGAGGACUAAUCCAUUUGGCCAAUUUGAAUCAUAUUGAGCGUCUUCAGAUCUGGAAUAAUAAUAACUUUACAGAGAUUAUGUUGUUAAAAACUUUACAAAGUCCAAACUUAAUAACUUUAAAAAGUCUUAGUAUGUCCAGAAUUAAACACAUAUCCCCUGCUGCUAUAGACACAAUAUCAGAACAUUAUAAAAAUCUCAAAUUUCUAGCCUUAUACCAGUGCCCGAGAGUAAUUAACUCUAUUUAUGGAAAACAAUUAAAAGCAAAGUUUAGAAAUAUUGAUGUUGUUCUAUAUUAACAAUGUCAAUGUUUGAUAAGGCAUUAUCUAUACGGAUAUAAGUUUGUGUUCAGAUAAGGGUCAUGACAUAUUAACAUAAACCAUUGUAGCUGACCUAUUUCUAUAAAUAAAUGAAACAAACUUUGGCCACAAACUGGAUGUAUUUACAAAAUAUUCUAAAACAACUGUGACAAUGAAAAAUAAAUGAGAACAUUAUGUAUAUACUGAUGUAACGCAACUUGAAUGUUCUUUGUGUUCCUAUUAUAUAUUUUCCAUCUACUGUUUGUUACAAUAAUUAUAUUAAUGAAAUACAAUAAUAUUAUGUGAAUUUUCGUAAAUGUACAUCAAAACAAAAACACUACCUAGAUAUUAUAAUAAUUCUAAAAUUUUUACAAUCUACUUAGUAUUACAUUUAAAUAUAGAUGGUAAUUCAAAUGAUAACAUCUAGGGAAUAUACCAUAAUAUGUUAAGUGUAUAAAAAUAUAGAAUAAGUGUUACAUACUUAA